GUCUUUAUCAGACCUUAUCUGUAUCAUUCACGGCAUUCUUUCGAUUGUGAUUCAUUUGCAACAUCGCAAGACCGCAGUUUGUGUCGUGCUGACUGAAAACAUACACCCUGUGUUUCGAAAAAACAGAGAUAGCAAUGGGAGCUACAAACUCAAAAAACCCGGAAAUGACAAUAAAAGCCAUCCGUUCCAACACUGAGGACAUAAGAACGAGCUUGAGGAGUAAACAAGUGCCGCUUCAGAGCAAGGAAGACCUUCAUCAAGUCCUUGUCAAUAACUCCAAGCAACUGGACACCAUGCGAGCCAGUAAAUCGAAGAAAAAACAAUUGGAAAUCGACCAAAUCCAGAAACUAGUCAGGGAUGUCAACGAGGAGCUGCUGGUGUAUAACGAUCAAAAUCUGGAUAAAAACGCCGACGAAUCUCAUUCUUUUAUACACGUAGGAGGGGACCAGCUGAAGAAUCGUAAACAAAAAUCACCAAAAACGCCACGAAGUAGGAAAAAUGCAAGAGAAAAACAAAAGACUAAACGCCCUCCCAAUAUAAACGACAUUGAACAAAAGCUUGCAAAUGUUAAAGACAUCGUAACAACUGGGCUCAAGACCAACGAUAUCAACCUUCUACAAUCGCAGAAAAAAGUAAUCGAAGAAUUAUCAACAGACUUGGAAUUACUCAACAUACCUCAAAAUUCAUCGUCAUAUACGAAAAAAAUCAAUUUGGAAAAAGAUUUGAGAAGGUACUACCAAAAAAUCAUAAGAAGAGAAAAGAAUAAAGAUAAACUCGAUACAAGACAAAGUGAAGAUACAGAUAACACAGAACAAGGAGCGUCGAAGUUAAGAAACAUUGAAAUAUUGCUGGAAGAGAUCCAUAAUAUGCUUCAGACCAGCGUGAAAGACGAUAACUGCGGCAAUCUGAAGGAAAUAAACGACGAACUGUCGAAAAUCGAGAAAGAAUUGACAGAGAUACAGAGUACCGACGAUUCGAACGAAAAAUCAAAGACGCUACUGAUGAAGAGAGUGAUACAAUCCGAAGAAUUCGUCAGGGAAAUGGAAAAGAAGAAAGAAAUGAACGAUCUCGACGAAAUGAUGGACGAAAUCGACAAAUUGAAGACAGAAGUACAAAUUCAAAAAGAGAUGAACAAAGGAAAGGUCAUACAAGAAAUAGAAGCGAAACAUAGAAAGUUGAAAAAUUUAGAAGUGAAACACAGCGAAAAUAAGAAAUUCAGAGAUGAUUAUCUGGAAGAACUGGAUACAUUUUUGGAAAAGAUACAACCUAACAACUACAGCGUCGUCAUGAGGCAGAAGAAAUUGAAGGCAAGUAAGUCGGUGGAGGAUUUGAUUCAUUUACAAGAAGAAUGGACCAGUCUCCAGAAUAAGAUGUCGGUGACCAAGUUGGACGAAGUGGAAAAAGUGAACGAUCUACUACAAAAAUUCGAAGAAUCGAUCAGAGCCAAGAGACAAAGUCUGACGAAAAUGAUGAAAAACGUAGAACCAAACAGGAGAAGAUCGGAAGAGAUCAUCAGGACUAGCGCCAAAAUAUACGAUCUUCCCAAAAUCGAAACAGCGAAAUCUAAAGAGAACAAAGUGAAUAAAACAGAACAUCCACAUAGUUCCAGCCACAAGAAAUACGGUUCUAUCGAAUACGCACUUGAGGAAAUCACGAAAAUAUCAGAUAGAGUGGAGGAAAUAGGAAAAGAAGUCAUAUGUUUCGAUGGAGUAACGGAAAAUUUGGAAUAUAACUUCUUCACAGCUGCUCUGAUGGAUAAGAGGACGAUUUUGAACAAGCUGAAGCAUAGGGCCAGUUGGAACCAAGUGGACGCCUUCAAAAACGAAGUUUUAGAAAAAAUCGACUUCUACGAGGAAUACUUGAGGUAUAAACUCAAUCAAAACAAAGCGGAAGAGAAGAUUAGCGGAGAACUAAACGAAAUCGAAAAUAAAAUAAGCAGAUUCACUGGUUCAUUCCAAAACAUAAACUUUAAACAGCUGGAAGUUGAACUAUCGAACUGUCAAAAAGAGAUAACACAAAUAGACAACAAAGAAAAGAACGAGUUGUUCAAGACUAGAAUCAAUUAUCUGAGGAAAAUACUGAAGGAAAAGUCUCAAACCGAGAUGGAUCUCAUAUACGAGGAGAACUUAACAGAUACGAAAAAGAUCAUAACAGAAAACGAAGAGUACAUAAAGACGUUAAAGGAGAACGUGGAAAACCUCCAAGUUUUGGACGUGAAUCAGUGCGCGUUGAUCGAGGACUGUUUGAUGUCCAAAACGUUGGAACUGAUCAAUUUGAACGUGAAAAACGACAGUCCUUCGUUCGACAAAAUGAAAAAGUUACUGGAAGAGAUAGAAACCUGCAAAAGUUUGGUCAAAACGAAACGUAGAACCAUGGAAGAAGUACAGCGGGAGAUCGAAGAGGAACUGGAUAAGCUCCAGAUGGAGAUCUCAUUUUUCGAAGGACUACCGAACGAUGAACAAUAUUCGGGACUCAUGAGGACCUUGGAAGAUUUGGAAGUGAAGCUGUGCACGGUUAGAGGAACAGAAGAAUCUUCCGAGAAAAAUUUAGAGAUAUCCCUCAGGAUAAAUUACCUGAAGAAUCGCCUGGACAAAUUAUCCUUGGUUAGCGAGAGGAUGUCUCAGAUCGAGAGAAGGGUUAGGGAAAUACUGGAAAUUGUGUCGGAGGGUAUACAGGAAAAGGAUUUCGAUAUUCUCGACGAAGAGCUGAUCAAUACCAAGAUUGAGGUGGAGAAAUUGGAAGUUAGUGAGAAGUUGAGUUAUAGAAAAAUCACCUGCUUGAGUUACAUUGAAUAUUUGUUGAAAAAAAUGAACGAGAAGAUGGAUAGAAGUCGUGCCCAGGUUUCUAGUAGUGUGUUGGUAUGAGAAAAUGUCAGAAAAAGUUCAGAAAUUUAUGUAUAUGUACUUGAAUAUGAAUGAUUGUAAGAAAAUAGAUAUAUUUUUUAAA